CACUCCCUGUAGGUAUACGACAUUCCCAGUUCCUGUGUCUUUGGACUCAAAAAGUGAGGAGGGAUACGCAAGGAUGAUGGUCUUGGUGGCCCUCGCAGCCUACUUUGUACUAAUCCGAGACUCCAUCCGUGACUAGUCCACUUUCUCCCCUCCCCGAACCUUAGCGGGCCGGCCGCCCAUCCGAAGCAGGGAAGUCUGAUGGCAUCAUGGCCGACGGCGGAAUGUCCGCUAUGACCCUGCUUGCUUCCUCGGCCUUGGACGCUUCUCUUCAACAUGUCUUCUCUACCGCUUCGUCGACUUCUGUCUCAUUCCUUUCAGAUCCAACCCCUCCUCCGGCCUUAACUACCAGCGCCUCCGUGGUGCCCGGCUUCUCUUCCCAUCUUCCGCCCCCGCCAGUUCCCCCUGCGAUUCCGACAACCAUGGUGGGGUGGAUAGGUUGGGUGUUUUCCGUCCUCUUCCAGGUCAUUCCGGGUGUGCUUUACUGGCUUGUCACCUUCUCGACCAUCACCGUACCAACAUGGCUCUUCACGCUGUUCUCUAUGAGUUUGACCUUCACGAUGAAUUUCACCACGCUACUGCUCAUCGCGCUGGCUGUGGUGUCAACCAUCAGCUGGUUCAUACGGUACCGCUUUCUGAACAUGUACAGCCGACUGCCCCCGGAACCUCAACGCAAGGAACCCCAGCUCGACCUUUUCCCCAAUAUUCAAGAGGGCGACUCCAAGCCUGGUCUAGCCAACUACCUGGAUGAGUUCCUCAGCGCGAUCAAGGUCUUUGGGUACUUAGAGAGACCAGUCUUCCAUGAAUUGACGCGAACAAUGCAAACCAGGAAGCUCAUCGCGGGCGAGACGCUUCUGUUGGAGGAGGAGAAAGGCUUUUGUCUCGUAGUCGACGGACUGGUCCAGAUCUUCGUCAAGUCAACUAGAGACGGGAAGUCAGCUGGAGAGGGAGACACGAAUCGCUCAUCGUCAGACGAGGAUGACCACAAUGUCGAUGGGAGACAAGGCUACCAACUUUUGACCGAGGUCAAGAACGGCGCCUCUAUGUCAUCAUUAUUUUCUAUACUUUCUCUAUUCACGGAGGAUGUUCAGUUGAGAUAUGCGGAGAACGUCGAGCCGAGCUCAUCUGUCCUAGGACCAACCGCUUCGCGUGCGCCUGACUCCUUCCCGGCCAGCCCUCGCGCGCUGGAUGCAUCGCCGCGAGCUCUUCCUCGGGGAAGGAGCUUCACAUCCCAAGUCAGUGACAGCACGGACUUUUUGCCAGCUGUGCCUCCCUUGCAUCUCGACGACAGUAACACCCCACCCAUGCCAAUCAACCACGAAGCCCAUCCAGGCACAAGGGCGCACGGGAGUAAGCAUGGCCAGAAGUCGGUUCACCCAGAUAUUGUGGCGCGAGCGAUGGUCGACACAACGAUAGCAAUCAUACCUGCUAGUGCCUUCCGCCGUCUGACCCGGGUCUACCCCAAAGCAACGGCGCAUAUUGUCCAGGUCAUUCUUACGCGUUUACAAAGAGUGAGUUUCAUGACUGCCCAUUCCUAUCUGGGUCUGAGCAACGAGGUUCUGGGGAUCGAGAAACAAAUGACCAAAUUCACGACAUAUGACCUGCCAAACGAGAUGCGAGGAGCUGCAUUGGAUCGUCUCAAAGACAAGUUUAUCAAGGAGCGUGACCGACUGGGUCCAGAAGAAGUCACGAAAGGUAUUGCCUUGCACAAUCCUUUCUCGGGUAGGCGAAAUCGGUCAAGUAGCUUCCGAAGAAAGGAAGCUGCGCUUCACGCGAAGCUGGGAGUAUCACGACGCCCGACGGCAGCCGUGCUCCAGCACAAUCCCCUCAAUGACCGUGAUGCUGCGGGUGUAAGCCCUGGGGAUCUGCUUUCUAGCAUCCAAUUCUCGCGCUUUGGAUCUAGACAUGAGAACUUCGCUCCGAAGUUGCUGAGCCCACUUGCAGAAAAAGAACAGUCACCCUUGCGAGCUCCUUCUCCCAUCAUUGAAUCCAUGGGAUCUUUUCACCGGAAGGAAAGCGUGGAUGAGGAUGCUUUGUUCCGUGAAUCCAUAUUAGAAUGUAUUAUGAAGGGCAUCGGUCUGACAGAAAGCACCAAUGACCUGAUGCGGAAGACGCACAAUUCGGGCGACGCAUCUCCGAGACUCCUCUCUUACGAUGCACGCCGACAGAAGGCAGUGUUCAGCAAUAAUGCUUUUGGAUUCAUCGAUCCCUACGAAGGCUCCGUGGAUGAUACAGAGUCAAUGAUGUCAAUGUCGGUCACCAGUGCUGGUGGCACGUCCCCCGUCAUCAACCUGAGAGAAGAGCUAAGAAAUGACAUCGAGAUUGUUUACUUUCCCCAGGGAUCCGUGCUUGUGGAGCAAGGCGAGCGCCAUCCAGGCCUGUAUUAUGUCAUCGAUGGAUUUCUAGAUGUGGGAAUUCCCGCUAGCGAGAAAGAAGAUGAUCUUGUUGGGUCAUCCCGACCAAAGCAUGCGCAAGCGCGCGAAGAAUCCUUCCCAACUUUGAGGCGCACUCAGACGAACACUUCGCGCAUCUCAACCACAAGUCUGGGGACGGGCAGCGAUUCCAAGCGAAAGAGACAGUCACGGAAAUCUUUAUACAUGAUCAAGCCCGGAGGAAUUCAAGGCUAUGUCGGCGCCGUCGCAUCCUAUCGCUCGUACACAGAUGUGGUUGCCAAAACGGAUGUUUAUGUGGGUUUCCUCCCGCGGGCUGCCUUGGAAAGAAUAGCGGAACGGUACCCGAUCGCACUAUUGACGCUGGCUAAACGACUAACAAGCAUUCUGCCACGCCUGCUUCUCCACAUUGACUUCGCGUUGGAAUGGGUGCAGGUAAAUGCUGGGCAGGUCAUCUACCAUCAAGGUGACGAAAGUGAUGCUAUAUACCUCGUGUUGAAUGGUCGUUUACGGUCAGUACUCCAAGGCAGUGAUGGGAAGGUGACGGUCCUUAGCGAAUAUGGCCAGGGAGACAGUAUCGGCGAGCUGGAGGUGAUGACUGAGUCGACCCGCUCGUCUACUCUUCAUGCGAUUCGUGACACUGAGCUAGCCAAGUUCCCUCGAACUUUAUUCAAUAGUCUCGCGCAAGAGCACCCCGGGAUCACCAUUCAAGUAUCUAAACUCAUUGCUCAGCGGAUGCGAGACUUGGUGGAACAACCAACACAAGAGCAGGGAAUGGAACGAGGAAACUCGGGCACCAUCAAGACCGCGACCUCAACUCUUAACUUGCGCACUGUCUGUGUCUUACCAGUGACAGGAGGAGUGCCUGUCGUUGAAUUUGGGCACCGAUUGUUGCAAGCGUUGCACCAGAUCGGGGUGACGAACGGCGUCGCGUCCCUUAAUCAGGCCGCCAUCUUGAACCACCUGGGACGGCAUGCUUUCAGUAAGAUGGGAAAGUUGAAGUUGACACAGUACUUAGCGGACCUGGAAGAAAAGUAUGGCAUGGUACUCUACAUCGCUGACACGACCGUGAAUGCGCCGUGGACGCAGACCUGCAUCACACAGGCCGAUUGCAUUCUGCUGGUCGGUCUUGCCGAAUCAUCGCCUAGCAUCGGUGAAUAUGAGAGAUUUUUGCUAGGCAUGAAGACCACAUCCCGGAAGGAAUUGGUGCUGAUACAUGAAGAACGGUACUGUCCGCCCGGACUGACUCGACAAUGGCUCAAGAACCGCGUGUGGAUCAAUGGAGGUCAUCAUCAUAUUCAAAUGCCCUAUCGACUCACAGCCGAACCCACACACUCCCAGACUAGACGCCUGGGAACAGUAUUGAAACAACGAGUCCAGGUCAUUCAGGCCGAAAUCCAGAAGUACACAUCUCGCCGGAUUCGCCAGACUCCUCUUUAUUCGGCCCAGACGCCGUUCAAAGGUGAUUUCCAUCGUCUGGCCCGCCGGCUGUGUGGUCGAUCGGUGGGACUUGUGCUAGGUGGUGGUGGCGCUCGAGGUAUUGCUCAAGUCGGAGUCAUUAAAGCGCUCGAGGAAGCAGGCAUUCCUAUCGACAUCAUUGGUGGUACCUCCAUCGGAUCGUUCAUUGGCGCUCUGUAUGCUCGGGAUGCGGAUGUCGUGCCUAUGUAUGGUCGGGCUAAGAAGUUUGCGGGUCGCAUGGGGAGCAUUUGGAGGUUUGCCCUCGAUCUGACCUAUCCGACCGUGUCUUACACCACUGGGCACGAAUUCAAUCGCGGCAUCUUCAAGACAUUUGGCAAUAGCCAGAUUGAGGAUUUCUGGCUGGAGUUCUAUUGCAAUACCACCAAUAUCAGCCGAUCGCGUGCGGAGUAUCAUUCGUCCGGCUACACCUGGCGUUACGUCCGUGCAUCCAUGUCCCUGGCAGGCUUGAUCCCACCUAUUUGUGAUGAAGGUAGUAUGCUACUCGACGGCGGGUAUAUUGACAAUCUCACGGUAGGCCACAUGAAAGGGUUGGGUGCAGACGUGAUCUUUGCGAUUGAUGUGGGCUCGAUCGACGACAACACCCCUCAAGGGUAUGGAGAUUCGCUGUCUGGCUUCUGGACGGUGCUCAAUCGUUGGAACCCCUUCUCCUCCCUGCCCAAUCCGCCUACGCUGUCUGAGAUUCAGGCCCGAUUGGCAUAUGUUUCGUCCAUUGACAACCUCGAGCGCGCGAAGACCACACCCGGCUGUUUAUACAUGCGGCCCCCGAUCGACAAAUAUGGCACGCUAGAGUUUGCGAAGUUCGAUGAAAUCUACCAGGUGGGGUACGCGUAUGGCAAGGAGUAUUUGGAGAAGCUGAAGAGCGAAGGAUCUCUGCCGCUACCGGAAGAGACGGAAGAGAAGAAGAAACUUCAGCGGACGCUAGCGCCUCGUCGCGCCAGUAUCUGACGCCAGUGUAUGAUUCUUGAUGCAAAUAAAGAUAUUUUAGCUAGAAGUUUAGACAAU